AUGCACAUCAAAAACCCCCAAGCGGCAUUGAUAACAAAUCACGAACUGCUGCUGCACCUACGGCAGGAAGAGUCCGAAUAUGCCGGCACAGAUGGCACGGAGCGCGAGCGCAAAAAGCCCAAAGGGCUGGAGCACAUGCUGCGCGACGGGCUUGCAUAUCUGCAGACGCCCGACUACAAAACCCUGGAGCUGACAGACGCACACCCCUCGCGGCCAAUGACUCUGUACAAGGGGCAGCACUCGCUGUUCCGCGCGCUGGCGCCGCACUAUCGACUGAACAAGGCCGAGUUCAUCCAGAUCUACAACUUGCGGCCCACAACGCAGGUCAUGCUCGAGCUCAUCAUCGAGGAAGCCGGCACACGGUUCGAGGAGGCGCAGCUUACCGACAUCCUCAACACCGUCCAGCGCGUGUUUGACGAAGAGGAGGCGAGUAUCCCUCAGGGCGUGGAGGACCAGAAGCUGGACAAGAUCGACAACAAGCUGCUGGGCGCUGCGAAGAAGAAAAAGAAGGUGAAGCGUCGGGUGCGCGAAGAGUAA